AUGGCUACUUCUCUCACUACUGAUGGCCAAUCCAGUCUGAUGCCAGGACUCGAAUCAGCCCCAGCAACCUCUUCUCGACCAGUCAAUGGGUCUUUCUACGAUCUCCCGCUCGAGCUGCGGCUCAAGAUCUACGAACUGCUCUUCUGCUUCGCCGAGCCCAUUAAGCUCAUCGAGGAUGGAACCGGCGCGAUCAAACAACAACGAGCCGAUCCAGCCGCGGAAAAGAUACCCAUUCAUCUGUUCCGAUUGAACAAGAAGGUCUACUUGGAGGCAUCCGCGGUUUUGCUCAAAUGCAAUGUCUUCGCCCUGGACCUGCCCACUCUGCGCACCGGACUGGCGCGGCCUGAGCCGAUCUUCAAGCACAUCGAGGCUCUGGAGGUUUGCUGGCCUGCACGCCCGUUCUGGGGCUACGUCCACACCGUCAAAGAAGCCGUCAGAGUGAUGCCUGAACUGCAAAACCUCGAGUUGAAAUUCGAGGACACCCUGCAACUCGCGGCUGCGUCGCUCGAGUUCGCCGGCGCUGUCAUGGCCUGUACACCUCUCAUUGGCAGUCCGGAACUUCGUCUCUCCGCUUGCAUUCUGAAGCGUGCGGGCUGGCCGAGCUACGACGAGAAUAAUCAAGACGAGUUUGCAAUCCGCAACGCCCUGGCCAAGGACGGAUCUGCCCUGAGAGAUAUCCAACCGCAGCCGGAUUACCACGUUAGCCCGCUCACCCGUUCCGUCCUGCCCGAAUUGCACCUCAUCCAGCUUACCGGCAAGCUCACGCGUCCCCUGCUCCGCAAGGUCAAGAAGCAUGUAUGCGAGAUGGGCGAGUGUACUUGGAUCAAGACCGGGGUGGGAAGCAACCAACAACUCGCCGACGGGACAAACACGGGCCGGCGCAUCCAUAUGAGGUGGGGGAAACAAGACGGUGCUGUCGUUCGUCCAGAUGUGCCAGAAGUCGACAUGCUCCAAUUUUGCCCGGAGCUCUCCGAGAAAGAGAAGAAAAAGAUGCAAGAAUUCUUCGCUUCGUAUCAAGUGGAUCGGGGCACUGGCACCUCUUCCGGGCGGGCCGAAGAUACUACCAGCGGAGAAGCCACUACCACCGGCACAGACCAAGAUGCGACCGAAGCAGAGGAGCCUCAUGCCGACGCAGACACAGACGCACAGACUCAUGUUGAGAAUGGGAAUCUCAAUCAAGAGGACAUCAAUAUGGCCACUGGUUCGCACGACCCCGAUGCAACGCGCGCGGAAUCUCCAGGGAUCGCUUAUGCAUGGCCUGAUUAUGACAGUAGUCAAGAAGAGGGCGCGCAGGCCCGCGCAGCGUCCCCACUGGCGGACUACGAGGGCUACCACUCUGACCGCGAGGGCGAUUUCGUGCGCCAGGACACCGAAGACGCCCCCGACGCAGCUUGGGCAGCCACGGUCGCCGAGAUGGCAAGUUUCGGCUUCACUCCUAUCGGUACUGGUAGCGGUAUUGGAGCUGGUGGCGGUACUGGAACAGCUGCUGGUACUGGUGGCGAUGCCUAUGGCGAUGCCUAUGGCGAUGCCUAUGGCGGUACUGGUGGCAAUGCCUAUGGCGGUACUGGUGGCAAUGCCUAUGGUGAUGCUGGUGGCGAUGCUGAUAGUGAUGGCGAUAGCGAUGCCAGUACCGAUACCGAAGUGGAUGAGUGA